AUGAACCGGCCUCACCGCGGGGCUGCGGGCAGCCGAGGCCUGGGCACCAUGGAGGUGAAGAGUAAGUUUGGAGCAGAAUUUCGACGAUUUUCUCUGGAGAGAUCCAAACCUGGAAAGUUUGAGGAGUUCUAUGGAUUAUUGCAGCAUGUGCACAAGAUACCAAAUGUUGAUGUUCUAGUGGGGUAUACGGACAUUCAUGGAGACCUGCUGCCUAUCAAUAAUGAUGACAAUUAUCAUAAAGCAGUUUCCACAGCCAAUCCCCUACUCAGGAUUUUCAUUCAGAGAAAAGAAGAUGCAGACUACAGUGCCUUUGGUACGGAUACUAUGACAAGGAAGAAAAAUGUCUUAUCAAAUGUGUUACGUCCGGAUAAUCACAAGAAGAAACCGCACAUUGUCAUUAGCAUGCCGCAAGACUUCAGACCAGUGUCUUCUAUUAUAGAUGUAGAUAUUCUUCCCGAAACCCAUCGUAGGGUACGACUUUACAAAUAUGGAACUGAUAAACCCCUGGGGUUCUAUAUACGAGAUGGCUCUAGCGUCAGAGUAACGCCACAUGGAUUAGAGAAAGUUCCGGGGAUUUUCAUAUCUAGGCUUGUCCCUGGAGGUCUGGCUCAAAGCACAGGCUUGCUGGCUGUUAAUGACGAAGUACUGGAGGUGAAUGGAAUAGAGGUUUCGGGAAAAAGCCUUGAUCAGGUUACAGACAUGAUGAUUGCAAACAGCCGUAACCUGAUCAUUACGGUAAGACCAGCAAACCAGAGAAACAAUGUUGUGAGGAACAGUCGGACUUCUGGCAGCUCCGGUCAGUCUACUGAAUCUAGCCUUCCGAGUAGCACGCCAAAUAUUUUAGCAAAUUUCUUGCAAGGAGAAGAGGAGAGCGAUGAAGAGGACAUUAUUAUUGAAGAUAGUGGUGAGCCACAGCAGAUUCCAAAAGCCCCACCUACCAGUGAAAGUCUAGAAUCGUUGACACAAAUUGAACUCCUUCAUGAGUCAACACAAAAUGGAUUCCUUCCUUCCAGUGAGAUGAACUUGAAUCAUUCAGCAGGCAGCAUUAACAUGGAAUAUGAAGUACAAGAUCCAGAUCAUAAGUCAUUAGAAGAAGAUGGAACUAUAAUAACACUAUGAAAUUACA